CAACAGACACCAAAGGAAAAAGUUGAUAUGGAAGCAAAAUUGAAAGCCUGGCUCGAAUCGAAAGGCAAGAAAAAGAGUGCACUAAGAAUGGUACCAAGUUCCAUACAUUAUAUGAAGAAGCUCGACUGUAACAGCUCUUGUAAAGCCAAAAUUUCUAAUGCCAAAGCCAGGGACAUAUCUUUGACUACCAGAAAUUUAUUCAGUAAUGGAGGUGUUGAUGUUGAGGAGAUUAUGUUGGAAUCAACUAUGAACUUAGCUGAAGAAUCAUCAUGCAAGGAAGAGACUACCGCAGUCGAAACAUCGGUCGAUACCAUUGAAUUAUCUCCGGUUAGUGAGAGGAAAACCGCAAUGCAAAGCCCCCAAAGAAAGGCCUUGUGCCCCAUCAGUUCCAAUAUAAUUCCAGAAUCCAUCAAGGAGCAAUCAUCCAAGGAUCAAAUUUCCUUGUCACAUGAGCCAAAAUCUCCCCAGUCGCCUUCCAUUAUCUUUGCUGCCAACAAAUUCCAAACUGUGGGUGGCACCCCACUCGAUAAACGUAGUGCAUGGAGUUCUAAGUUGAAGAGCACUCUUAUUCAAGAAUAUGUUGAGUUCUUAAAUACAGCUAGCAGGGAAGAACUACUAGGCCUAAAGGGUAUUGGAACGAAGAUGACAGAGUAUAUCAUUGAACUUAGAGAAACAUCACCUUUAGAAUCGCUAAGUGACUUGGAAAAGAUUGGCCUCUCAUCAAAGCAGGUUUACAACUUGUUCAGCAGAGCUGCAAAAGGAAUUAUUAAGUAAUAUGUUUUGUGUACUAUUUUCUUGGUCUGUCAAUUCAGAACUGUAGAAGUGUAUUCAUGCAGUACAUUCAUUAUUGUACUGAUUGUUGAAUUUUUAGAAGAUGGUAGUAAAAAUGUGAACUUGUAUCAAAAUUUUCUGAUAUAACUGGUUCUGUUU